AUGCCACAAACUCUAAGACCGCUCGACUACGGGUGCACGGAUUGGCGGAUCAGUAGCCAAAGAGUCGCAGAUCUGUACAGUUCUGGUACCAGACUUUGGACGAAAGAAGAUCUCGAAGACAUAGAACAACAAUUGCGUCGUUCCUAUACGAUGGAGCGAUUUUCAGUCCGUCGAGUCGAUGGAAGCAUAAUCCAAAUUUCCAAUCCCAUGUUCCAAGUACAGAAUCCAAUCUGGAAACCUCAUGUCAAGUACCAAGAAUAUUGGCAACUUGUGAAAGCACAACCCAGCGGCCCAAUUGAAACCUACCUGUGCUCUUACAUUGUGGAUUGGAGCAAUCAGACUGCACGAAACUUCCGAGAGCUUUUAGCACAGCCUAUGCAAGUAUUUGACGAGAAAUACUUGCUGUGGCAGAAUAGCAAGACCUGCAAGCGCUUGGCAACCUUGGUCCAAGAUACACUCGGUACGAACACUGUGAAGAAAGUUCUCUGCUUCGGGCUCGGUGAUUUCUGCCGCUCCGCACCUGAAUGGCUAAAAAGGCAGCACGGCUCUUGGGAUGAAAUCUCGGAGGUGGAAAAUGUUAUGGGUUGCAUGAUCCAGCAUUCGAUGGCUCUUACUAUCGCUCAACUUUGUCGUGGCAAUAAAACAUUGCCAUUAUAUUCUCAGGACCCAGAGUAUACAGAGAUCGCGGAAGAGAUCCUGACCAAGAAGGAAUUCAAAAUUGUUGGGACUCACGGUGCAGGAGGAUUCGCGGAAAUUGACGAUGAAUCCAUCAUAAUAUCACCCUUUGCUGCCGCCCCAGUCAAGCAGAUUAUUGCCGAUCUUGCUCGGCCUGUGCUUAUUAUUUCCACCGGCUUUGAAGUUUUCAAUGGCAAUGAAAAACCAUUGGCAGAUGCUGAAUCUCCGAGGACAAGGCAAAUGUGGCUCGAUUAUGAUGCUUAUAGCCUUCCAAGCCAUUCAGAUGAAGUUGAAAUAUGCUCUGCACUUAAAGGACUAUAUCUGUAUUGUAGACGCCAACAAUCUCUGGAUUCGCAAGAAGCCUGA